UCUGACUCUACUCUCUUCAGACCAAACAGACAGAUCCAGAGAUGUGUUACUGUGUGUUUUGGACUCAUUGCUCAGCUAUGCAGUAGAGAGGAGGAUUAGCGCGAGUGGAGGGGGCACUGAGCCAUCUGUCCAUCAGCAGGCCAACUGAGAAAGAAACUGCUCUACCGUCUCUCUCUCUCUCUCUCUCUCUCUCUCUCUCUCUCUCUCUCUCUCUCUCUCUCUCUCUCUCUCUCUCUCUCUCUCUCUCUCUCUCUCUCUCUCUCUCUUUGUUUCUUUUCCUCUACCCCAAACUCCCUCUUUCAACAAUGACGGUCUUAUCAGAAGACCAGUCCACAACGUCCAAUCCCUGCAGGCUCCUGGAGCCUGGCAAACAUCUCGGAACAUCUUUGGACCACUGCUCAACAGACUACGGGGGCUCCAAAGAGGAAUACAUGGACGGUGGGGAGACCAGUGUGUUCGGGGUAGUGGAGCCGCCGAGGCGUUCGCGGGGACGGCUUAUUCUCCAUGGCUUGGUCAUGUUUGGAAGGGAAUUCUGCUACGCAGUGGAGGCAGCAUUUGUCACACCUGUGCUCCUUAGCGUCGGUCUCCCCCGCAGUAUGUACAGUCUGGUGUGGCUGAUCAGCCCCAUCUUGGGUUUUCUGCUCCAGCCCAUCAUCGGUUCAGCCAGUGACUAUUGCCACUCGCCAUGGGGCCGAAGGAGGCCUUACAUCCUGACCCUAGGCAUCCUCAUGCUGCUUGGAAUUACCCUCUUCCUCAAUGGAGAUGCUGUCAUCUCAGCAAUUAUCAGUGACAGGCAAUCGAGGACAAUAUGGGCUAUUGUGAUGGUGAUGUUCGGGGUAGUACUGUUUGACUUUGCUGCAGACUUCAUCGAUGGCCCAAUCAAGGCCUACCUGUUUGACGUGUGCUCCUAUCAGGACAAGGAAAGAGGUCUACACUACCAUGCAUUACUCACAGGCCUGGGUGGAGCAUGUGGCUACCUUGUGGGAGCUAUGGACUGGGGUCAUUCUUUUCUUGGCCAGCUACUGGGCUCUGAGUACCAGGUCAUCUACUUCUUUUCUGCAUUGACCUGGAGUAUCUUCCUUACCGUACACCUUGUCAGUAUUCCUGAACAACCCCUGGAGAGGGUCAGAACAAGCUCGGACUCAGCUCCUCCCAGUGCCCUGCUCCUACUGGGAUCUCACAGCAAUGUGUAUGGGGCUCUGUCUAAGGAACCCACCCACCCUGUAGUCCAGACUAUGAUCCCAGAUAUCAGGCCCAGAUCCUUCUCAGCCUUGGGGGAGGCCAAUUCGGUAACCUCCAGCGCUAAGCAGCCAAACAAAGAGAUCCAGAAACGGAUGACCUUCAGGUCACUGAUGAAGGCUAUGAUCAGCAUGCCAGGCCACUACCGCUGUCUCUGUAUCAGUCACCUACUCGGAUGGACAGCCUUCCUCUGCAACAUGCUCUUCUUUACUGACUUCAUGGGACAGAUUGUCUUUAAGGGGAACCCAUAUGGUGACCAUAACACUACAGCUUACGCCACCUAUGAAAGAGGGGUGGAGGUGGGGUGCUGGGGACUGUGCAUUAACGCGGUGUCUUCUGCUCUCUACUCCUAUGUGCAGCGUCUCCUAUUGCCCUACAUCGGUCUGAAGGGACUGUACUUUGUGGGUUACUUCAUGUUUGGGAUGGGCACCAGCCUUAUCGGCCUCUUUCCCAACCUCAUCGCCAGUCUCAUCCUUUGUAGUGUGUUUGGGGUCAUGUCCAGCACACUCUACACCAUCCCAUUCAAUCUAAUAGCAGAGUAUCAGCGUGAAGAGGAGGAAAACCUUAAGUUGCGCGGAAGCAGUAAAGUGCUGCGGGGCACCGGGAUGGACUGUGCGGCGCUCACCUGCAUGGUCCAGCUGGCUCAGAUCAUUGUGGGAGCAGGUCUUGGCGCACUGGUCAACCUGGCUGGAAGUGUAAUUGUGGUGGUCCUUUCGGCUUCGGCCAUGUCCUUAGUUGGCUGCCUCUUCAUUGCACUCUUCAUCAGAUAUGUGGAAUGAUUAUGCUGAUAUCUCUAUUGUAACAUUUUAAUAAAAUAUUCUUUAUUAUGAC